AAGUUUAGUUCUAUAAGUGGAAUAACCUUUUUGAACUUUGUGUGUUGAUAUAAAUCCAAGAUAAGUAUAAGUUUUGCUUUCAACAAUUCUAUUUGUUAGUAAUCAUUCCGAUUAAUAGUGAUUGACUAAUAUGCAAUAAGGCUUGUAUCUUUUCUCACACAGUGCAAUAUUUUUCAUAAUUGUAACUGCUUAAAAUAACUAUUAAAGUACAAUGCAACUUUAGUAGUUCCAACAUCAAAUUUAACCGGGUCCUAGAUUGGAAGACCAGAUAGUUAUAAAGUUAUAAUAGAUGAAACAUACUAUAAUGACUCAAUACAAAAAGGCGGUUAUAAUUAUUUUGUUGAUCUUUAAGGGAAUUGAAUCUGCUAGAAUUUUAGCAUAUUUCCCUACACCUUCUAUAAGUCAUCAAGUAGUAUUUAGACCCAUUACACAAGAACUGGCUAGAAGAGGACAUGAAGUUGUUGUUGUGACGACUGACCCAUUUUUCCCGAAAGGUAAAACACCAGCAAAUCUAACUGAAAUAGACGUUCACGACAUAUCAUAUGGAAGUUGGCAAGAAUUUUUAAAAAUGAAGCAAGGAAAGAAAGAUGACAUAUGGCUACAAAUGGAAGUCAUGGUUGAAAAACUAACCACAAUUUUUGAAUUGCAAAUGCAGGUUCCUGAAGUACAAAAAAUUAUUAAAAAGGACAGGAAAUAUUACGACUUAUUAUUACUUGAAGCUUGUCAGAGACCUGUUUUGGGUUUAAUUCAUAAAUUUGAUGCUCCUGCAAUCCAGAUAAGCUCCUUCGGGGCCUUAGAUUACCAUUAUGAAGCUAUGGGAUCACCCAUACAUCCAAUUUUGUAUCCUACACCUAUAAGACAGAGGCUAUACAACCUGACUUUUUACGAAAAGGUCAUGGAAUAUUAUGCGCACCUAAAAUUUCAACUUUUGGUAUAUAAAACCACAAGAUAUGAUAAUUUUGUUGUAAAAAAAAUAUUUGGGGAAGACGUUCCACUAAUAGAAGAAUUACAAAAUAAAGUUAAAAUGUUAUUUGUGAAUGAAUAUCCGAUUUGGGGUGACAAUCAUCCUGUUCCUCCAAAUAUUAUUUCUAUUGGAGGAAUUCUUAAUAGACCAUCAAAACAGUUACCUCAGGAAAUAAAAGAAUAUUUGGAUUCCUCUAAAAAUGGCAUAAUAUAUAUAAGUUUUGGUACUAACGUGUUACCAUCACUAUUACCGCCUGAAAAAAUUAAAAUAAUGACAACAGUAUUGUCAAAAUUACCUUACGAUAUUUUAUGGAAAUGGGAUAAAGAUGAACUUCCAGGAAAGUCAGAAAACAUAAAAAUUUCAAAAUGGUUUCCUCAAGCAGAUUUGCUAAAACAUCCAAAAAUAAAACUUUUUAUCACUCAAGGCGGUUUACAAUCUACUGAUGAAGCUAUAAAUGCUGCGGUUCCAUUAUGCGGUAUACCUAUAAUCGCCGAUCAAUGGUAUAAUGUAGAAAAAUAUGUCCAUCUUAAAAUAGGCAAACAAUUGGAAAUGGAAAAACUCACAGAGACAGAAUUUGAAGAAGCCGUGAAAAGUUUGAUUGAAGAUAAAAGCUAUAAGAACAAUAUUUUAAGACUGAGGUCUGUAUUGAUGGAACAUCCAGUAAGCCCUUUAAAUCUCAGUAUAUUUUGGAUUGAACAUGUCAUCAAAUAUGGAGGAGACCACCUUAAGCCGCAAGCAGCUCAUAUGUCAUGGAUUGAAUACUACGAAGUGAAACUUAUUUUAAUAGCGAUGCUUAUCCUUUUAUCAGUUUUAACCACAUUUUAUUUAAUAAGUAUAUUAGCAAUUAAUUCCAUUAUUAAAAGAUAUAAACUGUAUAUAAGAAUUAAAAGUGAAUAAGUUUGAAAUAAUAUUAUU